AGUUUGUUUUUUCCUUUUCUGCCACAGUUUCAAAUCCCCCCUCUUCCUCCCUUAAAACCUCCUCCUCCUCGUUCUCCUCCCCUCCUCCACCUUCGCCUCGACCCUCUUCCCACCCCUCCCCGCCGCCGCCCGCCCCCUCCCAUGGCCAAGCUCCCGUAUUUACCGUCCCUGCUCGCCGCGCUCCCCCUCCUGUGCCUCCUCCUUCUCGCCGCGCCGCCGCACGCGCUCUCCCGCGCCGUUCCGGGAAACGCCGGCCCAGGCAGCUCGAUACACAAGCUCCUGAAGAAUCACGGUCUCCCCGGGGGCCUGCUACCGCGCGGCGUAGAGUCGUACACCCUGAACAGGUCGAACGGGCUGCUCGAGGCGCGGCUGCCGGCGCCGUGCUACGCCAAGUACGACGACGGCGAGCUGGCCUACUUCGACACCGUGGUCCGCGGCAACCUCAGCAUCAGAGCGCUCCGCGGCGUGGAGGGUCUCGCCCAGGAGGAGCUCUUCGUGUGGUUCCCUGUCAAGGGGAUCCUCGUCGACGAUAAGGAGGCCGGGGUCAUUCAGUUCGACAUCGGGUACGCGCACAAGAGGCUCUCCAGGUCGCUCUUCGAGGAGCCGCCGGACUGCAAACCGUCGGCCGCCGGCGGGAUGGGGGCCGCCGACGCCGCUAGGCGGAACGACAGGCAAGGUGUUCCUGGCUUGAGGUUCAGGACAGAGGUAGGAGGAGAUGGCCAUGGCCACCACCAGGACCAGAGGUGAGGAGUGAGAGAUAGAGUGUGUGCCCGAGAGAGACAAGAACACCGAGACAGUGCUGAGCCAGUUUUCCCCUUUGUAAAAUGAUCCUGUGGUGAGAUAGAGUGCUGCUGCAACAACAACUGCAACUGCCUGCAGAGGUUGGAAUGUAGUAUCUACUUAAGGGAGAUGUGGGUACUUCUGCAGUUCUUUCUCCCUUUCCUUUUUUGCCUCCUCUCUCUUGUUCACGCACCUGUGUGAUAUUAAGUUUGUCAGUCAUGUGUUACAAGCAAGCAAGAAAAAAAAAAGAACAAGGAAAAAGUUGGCUGAGAGGCCAAUUGGGGGCUGUUCAGGUCUUUGAGAUUCUUGUUCUUCUCAAGGGAAAUUCUCUGGUGAGUUGGUGGUGUGUCUGCCAGCUCAGGAGUGAGCUGGGCACAGCACAGCUUCCAUGUGAGCUUGUGUUGGCUGGUGGUUGGUUCUGUGCUGUGCUCCUUGUGCAGCUCCUCCUCUUGCCCUGGAUGAGUACAUACAACAUACUCCUACAAUUAUUCAGCUAGGUUAGGCCAUAGAGCUAGUAUUAUACAUCAAGAUAUAGUUCCUUCCAUGUCUCAGUCCCUCAGUUUAUGUGUUGUGCAAGUCUUGAUGAGGGUAUCUAUCUGCCUACCUGUCAAACUAUCAUGUAGUAUUCCUUUCACUUGUGAAAAAGAAAUAAUUCAGCAGGGCUGUUCGAUUCUUCAA